UUCCGUUGGCGCUGACGCGCACUUCGGGGCUCUCUCACAAACUCUCCCGACGCUCCUCCUCCGCCUCCUCCUCCUCCUCCUCCUCCUCCUCCUCCUCCUCCGUCUGUCAAAAUGAUACCACCGGAGCUUCAGUCCCGCUCGUAUCGCCCUUACAUCUCCGCCUCUACUAGCGCCCCUUCCUUCUCCUCCAUCAGCAAUGGCAGCCCCUACGACCAAAACCCUAGUGUUUUCGAUCGUCACGCUUCUUCUUCUUCCUCUUCAGCUUCCUCUUCCUCCAGAUCUUUCAAGAAUUCUCGAUUCACCCCUUCUUCCUUCAUUUACAACUCUCGAAUUGCCAUUGCGCUUGUCCCUUCUGCUCUCUUCCUUCUCGACCUUGGCGGCACCCCCGUUAUUGCGACAUUGACUCUUGGCCUUAUGAUUUCUUAUAUCCUUGAUUCUCUCAAUUUCAAGCCUGGUGCGUUUUUUGGUGUUUGGUUUUCUCUUAUUUUUUCCCAGAUUGCAUUCUUCUUCAGCUCCUCUCUUAAUCUCACUUUUAACUCUAUUCCUCUCACAAUCCUCGCGGCUUUCCUUUGCGCCGAGACCAAUUUCUUGAUUGGCGCCUGGGCCUCGCUUCAGUUUAAGUGGAUUCAGAUCGAAAACCCUUCUAUCGUUCUUGCUCUCGAACGCCUCUUGUUUGCUUGUGUGCCGUUUGCUGCUUCGGCUCUGUUUACUUGGGCGACCAUUUCGGCCGUUGGUAUGCUCAAUGCUUCUUAUUAUUAUAUGAUCUUCAAUUGUAUCUUCUACUGGCUUUAUUCCAUUCCUCGCCUUUCGUCAUUCAAGAACAAGCAAGAAGCGAAGUUUCAUGGUGGAGAGAUCCCUGAUGAUAAUUUGAUACUUGGUCCUUUGGAGAGCUGCGUUCAGACCUUGAAUCUUUUGUUUCUCCCUCUGCUUUUCCACAUUGCAUCUCAUCAUUCGGUGGUUUUUUCUUCCGCUGCUUCCAUUUGUGAUUUGCUGCUUCUAUUUUUCAUUCCAUUUGUCUUUCAAUUGUAUGCGUCGACGAGGGGUGCACUUUGGUGGGUCUCUAAAAAUGCCAAUCAAAUACACAGUAUUCGGGUUGUCAAUGGCGCGGUUGCUUUAGUUGUUGUAGUUGUCUGUUUGGAAAUUAGAGUUGUUUUCCACUCCUUUGGGCGAUAUAUUCAGGUGCCACCGCCGUUUAAUUACCUUCUUGUUACUAUAACAAUGCUCGGAGGGGCAGGUGGAGCAGGUGCUUACGUUAUGGGUAUGAUUUCGGAUGCUUUUAGUACGGUGGUGUUCACUGCUUUGGCUGUGAUAGUUAGUGCUGCCGGAGCAAUUGUAGUGGGAUUUCCAGUAAUGUUCCUCCCACUACCAUCUGUGGCUGGCUUUUAUCUGGCUCGGUUCUUUACAAGGAAGAGCUUGCCAUCUUACUUUGCUUUUGUUGUGCUGGGGAGCUUGAUGAUCAUGUGGUUUGUGAUGCAUAAUUACUGGGAUCUAAAUAUUUGGCUGGCUGGCAUGUCCCUCAAGUCUUUCUGUAAACUCAUUGUUGCUGAUGUGGUCCUCGCCUUGGCUGUUCCUGGUCUAGCUAUAUUACCGUCAAAACUUCAGUUUUUGACGGAAGCCUGUUUGAUUGGACAUGCCGUACUACUAUGUCAUAUUGAGAACCGUUUUCUAAGUUACACCAGCAUAUAUUAUUAUGGUCUUGAGGAUGAUGUGGUUUAUCCAAGCUAUAUGGUUAUUAUGACCACAUUCGUUGGCUUGGUCCUGGUACGCAGGCUAUCUGUUGAUAACAGAAUUGGGCCAAAGGCAGUUUGGGUUCUCACUUGCCUGUAUGCUUCAAAGCUGGCAAUGCUGUUUAUUGCUUCCAAAUCUGUUGUAUGGGUGUCAGCUAUUCUCUUACUGUCUGUUUCACCCCCAUUGCUCCUUUACAAGGAUAAAUCAAGAACAUCCUCCAAAAUGAAGGCUUGGCAAGGUUAUGCACAUGCUGGAGUGGUUGCUUUAUCGGUGUGGUUUUUCCGUGAAACAAUAUUUGAAGUCCUGCAGUGGUUCAUCGGUAGGCCCCCAUCAGAUGGUUUGCUUUUAGGGUGCUGUAUUUUUAUGGCAGGGUUGGCUUGCAUACCAAUAGUUGCUCUCCACUUUCCCCAUGUCCUGUUAGCAAAGAGAUGCUUAGUGCUAGUUGUGGCAACUGGUUUGCUAUUUAUCAUGAUGCAGCCACCAAUUCCCUUGUCUUGGACAUACCGUUCUGAACUUAUUAAAGCCGCCCGCCAGUCUUCUGAUGAUAUUUCCAUCUAUGGGUUUGUUGCCUCAAAACCUACCUGGCCAUCUUGGCUGCUUAUUUUAGCAAUUCUGCUCACUCUUUCAGCUAUUACAUCCAUAAUACCCAUUAAAUAUAUUGCCGAGUUGAGAGUAUUUUACUCCAUAGCUAUGGGUAUUGCACUUGGCAUUUACAUAUCUGCCGAGUACUUCCUUCAGGCAGCGGUCCUUCAUAUCCUUAUAGUUGUCACCAUGGUUUGUGCUUCGGUGUUUGUGGUGUUCACUCAUUUUCCAUCUGCUUCAAGCACCAGGGUCUUACCUUGGGUGUUUGCGUUGCUUGUUGCAUUAUUCCCUGUGACAUAUCUUUUGGAAGGGCAAGUAAGGUUAAAAAGCCUUUUAGGAGAUGACAGCGUUAGUGAUAUGGGAGAGGAAGAGCAGAUGAUCACAACACUAUUAGCAGUUGAAGGAGCAAGGACAUCGCUGCUUGGCCUUUAUGCAGCAAUCUUUAUGCUAAUUGCAUUGGAGAUAAAGUUCGAACUUGCGUCUCUCAUGCGAGAGAAAACUUCUGAAAGGGGUGGAAUGAGGCACACACGAUCUGGUGAAAGUAGCAUUGGUAGUCUUAACACAAGAACAAGAUUUAUGCAACAACGGCGGGCUUCUUCAUUGUCAACAUUCACCAUCAAGCGAAUGACGGCUGAAGGAGCAUGGAUGCCAGCAGUUGGCAAUGUUGCUACAGUUAUGUGUUUUGCUAUAUGCUUAAUUUUGAAUGUUAAUCUCACAGGUGGUUCAAACUACGCUAUAUUUUUUCUCGCUCCGAUCCUACUGCUUUUGAACCAGGACUCAGAUUUUGUUGCUGGAUUUGGGGACAAGCAAAGAUAUUUCCCUGUUACCAUAGUGAUAUCAGCAUACUUGGUCCUCACUGCAAUGUACAACAUAGGGGAAGAUGUUUGGCAUGGAAAUGCUGGAUGGGGUCUGGAUAUUGGUGGACCAGAUUGGAUAUUUGCUGUUAAAAACUUGGCCCUUCUCGUCCUUACAUUCCCAAGUCAGAUCCUUUUCAACAGAUUUGUAUGGAGCUUUUCGAAGCAUUCGGACUCGACGCCACUGCUAACAUUGCCCCUUAAUCUACCAUCUGCCAUCAUGACAGAUGUGCUUAAGGUUAGAAUAUUGGGGAUUUUAGGAAUUAUUUAUUCCUUGGCCCAAUAUAUAAUCUCCAGACAACAGUAUAUGUCUGGAUUAAAGUAUAUUUAGCAGACUGUACUCUGUAGAUUAUGCGGUGCUUUUUUUCAAACAAGCGGUGCAAUUAAGGAGGCUAGUGAUUUAGGAAUAUUCCCAAUUGUCUAACCUCCUUGACGAAUCAAUGGUAUCUGUUACGUUUAUCGGCGCAGCGACAUGUUUCAAUUUUGAUUGAGCAUGUUGUAUGAUAACAACGUACUAGAAUCUGGCCAUGCAUAUUAUGUCGGGGAAUUUUGACGUGGAGCUCCACUAGGUUCUCGAUUUAUCACCUUGACCUCCGGUGAUUGAUCGAUCGAUCCUUAUCAUGGGAAACUGAAUUUUGUUUCAUGUAGAACACAUACGAUGCCAUCUUACUGCAUGUUUAUUUGCAUUAGAAUUGUUCGCUCAGCACACAUGGUUCAAUUCACCAUGUUCUUUCUUCUUGGUUAGUUCUAGGAUGAUGACCCUACAUUUUUCAAGGAAUAGUGACCAAACUCUUGCAAUUUUCCUUUCAGUUGCCUUGCAAAAGAAAAUAAUAAAUAUAGUAAUGUAAUUUGUAUGACUGUAGCCGCUGUUUAAGAAAGGAGGCACCCUUUGUUUUGGUUUGUUUUUCUUA